AUGACUUGCUCUUUCCUGCAGAAGUUAACUCGACGCAUAAAGGAACAUGGAACAAUACUUUGUGUAGGGAUAGACCCCCCUCUCGCGUGCCCUACCACUGACGAUCUACGUGGUUUCAAUCGACAGCAGCUGCUAGAAGAUUUGCACGAAAAAUGUGUCUGCCUUAUACGAAAGACGUCAGACUUCGUCUGUUGUUUUAAGCCCAAUGUGGCGUUUUUCGAACAAUAUGGAUCCGGGGGAAUGGAGGUUCUACAACGAAUUUGCAGAGAAAUACCGGAAGAUAUUCCGAUUAUCCUUGACGCCAAAAGAGCCGCGACAGAUGAAGCAGCUGAGGCGAUGGCAAGUGCAUUCUAUUCGGCCUACAAUGCUGACUGCGUGACUUUAGACCCUUACCUGGGUGAAGGCGCGAUCCUUCCGUUCAUUAAGGAGAAAGGGAAAGGAGUAUUUGUUGUCUGCCGGAGUUCAAACCCGCGAAGUUCAGACUUGCAGGGUUUCAUUGUAGUAGAGGGUUUUGGGGCAGCAGCUGGCAAGGAGGAUGGCGCUCCCGUGGAGGUGUUCAUGGAGGUGGCUCACAUGUGUGACAGAGCCCGAAGACAGAGGGAACCUGAGCUUUCCAAAGAGGGGGGAUUGGUGGGCAUCGUGGUCGGCUCCACGUACCCAAAAGACAUGAAGAGAAUUCGAUCUGCCUUUCCUGACUUGUGGUUCCUUUCCCCGGGCAUCGGCGCUCAAGGGGGAGACCUUGCGGCAACAAUAGAAGCAGGUCUGAGGCAGGACGGACUCGGGCUCAUUGUGAACGUAGGGCGUGCGAUCUCUGAAGCCAAGGACCCGGGGAAAGCUGCGGAGGCCUUUCGGGACGAAAUGAGGCAAAUUAUGCGCAAAGUCACACUAUGA